UCCCGACGCCGAGGGCCCGGCGGUUCGCGACCCGCCGUCCUCUUACCUUCAGAAACCCGCCGCACGCCGGGCAUCCGGCGGCCAAGUCGGCCGGCGGCGCCCCCGGGAGGGCGCGGACUUCGGUUCCCGGGACCGCGAGUUUUACGGCCGGCUAGGGCUCAAGGACGACGGGGAGGAGCGGUUCGAGCUGGAGACGGACCGAGGCGGCGGCGCGGGAUCGAGGGAGGGAAGUGGGAGCGGCGGGAGUGAUGCGGCGGAAGGCGGAAACUUGGGCGCCGACAUGCCGGCGCGGUCCGGGGUGGAAGAGGAGGAGGUGCUCCUAAGCGGCGACGGCGGCGAUGCCGGCGUCGCGUUGAGGGAAGAGGAAUCAGAGAGUAAAUUGAGGGUGAGGAGUGGGCGACAGGUGAUGAGGCGAUCGAGCAUGGUGGCGAAGCAAGUGAUCAGCGUCGAAUCUGCUCUUGGCUUGGGGUUCGUCUCUCAGCUCUGGGUGGAUACCGCCUCGUGGAACGUCGUGAUUGUGGAAGUGAGGCCGAAUUUGCUUUCUGGUGAUUCAGAGAGAUUUCUUCUUGAAGAUGUCUGCCAGGUAGGUGAUGUUGUGCUUGUUGAGAAUGAGAGGGUAAUGGAGAAUGAGUUGAAAAUGGUGGGGCUGGAGACAUUGGUAGGGUAUGAAGUUGUAACUCCUGGCAGAAGAAGUAUUGGCAAGGUCAGAGGUUACACAUUUAAUGUUAAUUCAGGGGCUCUCGAGUCCCUCGAGCUUGAUUCAUUCGGUAUCUCAAUCAUUCCAUCAAGUUUGGUGAGUACUUAUGCUUUGUUUGUUGAGGAUGUGCUAGAAGUUGCAUCGGAUAAAGUGUUAGUGCAUGAAGCUGCAGCGGCACGCUUACAGAGGCUAACAAAGGGUUGGUGGGGUGCCCAGAAGGUUGGGAAAUCCUUCAACGAAGUGGAAGAAUAUUAUGAUCUUGAAGAAGACGGAUUAGCUAAUGAUCGCCGCACAAGAAGAGAAUUCCGGCGCAGGAGAUCCCGCCCUAAAUCGAGGGAAAAUCAGGACGACUUGGACCUUCCAAUGGACUUUUUAUGAUCCCUGAGCAUACGCACUAUCCCGGCAUUUAGCGUACAACCAUUACUCCGUGGAGGACCUUACAGUCGAAGUCCAUAAAAGGGCUCUUUGGUGAUGCUCGUUACCCGUCGAUCAGCUCGAAAGAGCCCACAGGAGCCUUUUCUGUCAAGUACUAUAGUGAUUGCGACGGAGCAUUCGACAGAAUUCGAGGAACGACAGCUGCAAUUCGAUGCAGGUUUGGAUGAGCAAAAGGAGGCCAGAAGAGUAGGCGAUUGAAGAUUGACUUGGUAGCUUUUUCCAAUCUUUGCUCCAAUGCAUUAAGGAUUCUUAAUGAUUUGAGCCAUGUAUAAAGCCUUGUAUUGCGCCAAAACCAUGAGGUCUGAUGGACCCUGCACUAUGGCAUUCCUUGGAGCACUGUGAAUAAUUCCAUAUUAUUGAUAAUCGUAGUCGCAACGGCCGCAUUGCGCA